AUGUCAUCCUCAGAAGUACCUCAAGGAAAUUCCACAGACAACGAUUAUGUCUCCCGUCCUGGCCACAAGCAGGAUCCAAUUCCAGUCCUGAGUGACGAAGCUCCUAUCGAAGAGGAAACCGCCGACAACGUCGCUGUCGACAAAAGCAAUAUCAUCGAUGAUAAAACCAGGCAUGCUGCUAAGUCUGCUGAGACUUACCGAGAACCGGGAGACAAUGAGGGUUUACCAGAAAAUGAUGGGAGGAGUGCUGUUGCCCAGUAA